GCUGUGGCGGGCGCUCUCACCCCCUGCCCCUUGCAGAACUACUACGAGCCGAUGCUGACGCUGGCCAUCCUGCCCGAGGCCGAGCUGCGCGAGAUCUUUGGGACCCUGGAUUCCCUGGCCCCACUGCACGAAGACUUGCUGGGGCGGCUGAUGGGUCUGAGGCAGGAGGAUGGGACGGUGCCUGAGCUGGGACCCACCCUGCUGGACUGGCUGCCCAGGUUGCAGGCCUACGAAUCCUACUGCUGCCACCAGGUGUGGGCCAAGGCGCAGCUGGACCGGCGCAAGCGGGAGCCGGCAGUGGGGGAAUUCCUGCGCCUGUGCCAGGAGUCGGCCUUCAGCCGCAAGCUGGAGCUCUGGAGCUUCCUGGACCUGCCCCGCAGCCGCCUGGUCAAGUACCCCCUGCUGCUGCGGGAGGUGCUGCGCCAGACACCCCUCGAGCACCCCGACCACGGGGCCCUGCAGCGGGCGGUGGCACUGGCCCAGGACCUGGUGGGGCUGAUCAACAGGAAGACGGGGGAGGCCGAGUGCCGCUACUACCAGCAACGGCUGAGCUACCCCGACGGGACGCCCCGGCACCCCGGCAUUGACCGCUCCAACCUGCUGCUCUGCCACGGGGAGCUCCGCAACAGCAAGGGGCAGAGGCUGCACGUGUUCCUGUUCCAGGAGGCGCUGGUGCUGACCCGGCCCAUCCUGCAGGGUGAGCAGAUCAUGUUCCAGGUCCAGGGCCGCCCCAUGCCCGUUGGCCAGCUGGAGGUGCAGGACCUGCCUGACGGGGGGGCCCGGCUCGGGGGGGCCCUACGUGAGCGCGGUAGGUGCCCUCCUGGUCUCUUGGGAUUCCUGUGACCCAUCCCCCCUUUGCUCCCCCAUCUCGUGCAACCCCCCUGCCCCCACUGGGAUCCCUGCCCCCUAGGUUCAUGUCUGCUUCUGGAGGCUGGAGCUGGUUGGGGUGGGGGGCUCAGCUGGGGGGAGACUGGCUUGGGGAGCAGGAAG